GCCCGAGUCCCGCCGGCAGCGGAGCGGCUGCGGUCCCCGAAGGGUUCCGGUGCUCGGGGCCGGGCCGCUGCUCGCCGCUCCUCCAUUUCGUGCGCCGCUCCUCCCAGCCCCGCACCUGAUUAAAGAUUAAGCGAGCCUUCCCUUCCUCCCUGCCAUGUUCCCCGGCCUCCCGGCUCGCUUCCCCGCUCUGCCCUUUCCCCGUUCUCCCCUCGGUUCUCUUUCCCCCGUUCCUGCGCGCUCCCGGCCGCGUUCCCGCACCUCCGCUUCACCUCCGCGGUCGCCGUGCCGGGACGCGGCGAUGAGGACCCGUCCCGCCGUCCUUCUCCCACCGGGCAGCCCCGAGCUCAAGGUCACUGCAGUAAUUCCACACGGCUGCCGCCUUAUCGCCCGCACAGCUUCUAUUUCACUGCCUUUAUAUUCUGGGGAACGCCGUGCCGGACAAAACCUUCUGUUCUGUGCGGCGCUUCAGCCCGGGCCGCGCUCCUCCCCCCACCCCAGCCCUUCUCCAUCUCUCCCCACGCAACGUUCCCAGCAAGGCCGCGCAGGUCCACCUGGACCGGGUUCCCAGCCCGAUCCCGCGGCGCUGCGCUGGGGCCGUGCCCGGCUCCGGGAGCUGCUGGCGGCAGGAGGGACGUCCCGCCCCGCAGCACCGGGCUUUGCUGGGCCGGCGGCGCGGCUUUAUCUGUCCCCGAGCGCUGGCAGAAGGCACGGUGCGGGUCGGAGUCCCGGAGGACUUUGCCGCACCGCCGCCCUCAUCCCAAAGCGUUCCCGUGCCAGGCGAGACGGAUCCAAAGGCCGCGGUGCCGGCAGCGCUGCGGAGGGGAAUCGGGACGGGGAGCGUCGGGAGAGAAACUUCAGCCGCCCGCGAGCGGCAGAGCCGGCUGUGCGACUGCGGGGACGGCCGGGCUGCGCUGCCGGAGUGCCGGAGCGGCUGCGAGGCUCGCGGGCUCUGCCCGUCGGCUCCGCGGUGUCGGCAGCCGGGAGAGCCGCGUGCCGGGGCUGCGGUGCGGGGCGGCGCUGGGAGCCGAGGCGGCUGUCGGCUGCCCGUCAGCGCUGUCUGUGCGCGCUGUGCUGCCGAGAUAGGCCCGGGCCCACCAGCUUAUCGCAGAAUGCCGGCACUGGUGAGGCUGUGAGCGCCCGUUCCAUCCCUGCUGUGAGGCCCGCUGUCAGCGGGUCCUGGGCACCACGCAAAGAUGACCACCUCGGCCCUGCGCCGGCAGGUGAAGAACAUCGUGCAUAACUAUUCAGAGGCGGAGAUCAAGGUGCGAGAGGCCACCUCCAAUGACCCCUGGGGACCCCCCAGCUCCCUGAUGUCGGAGAUCGCGGACCUCACCUUCAACACGGUGGCCUUUGCCGAGGUCAUGGGGAUGAUCUGGCGACGGCUGAACGACAGCGGCAAGAACUGGCGGCACGUGUACAAAGCCCUCACCCUGCUGGACUACCUCAUCAAAACCGGCUCCGAGAAGGUGACCCACCAGUGCCGGGAGAACCUUUACACCAUCCAGACGCUGAAGGACUUCCAGUACGUGGAUCGUGACGGCAAGGACCAGGGCAUCAACAUCCGGGAGAAGGUGAAGCAGGUGAUGGCGCUGCUGAAGGACGAGGAGCGGCUGAAGCAGGAGCGGGCGCACGCGCUGCAGACGAAGGAGCGCAUGGCCCUGGAGGGGAUGGGCAGCGGCAGCCAUCAGUCCACCUACGGCCGCCGCGCAUCGCCCUAUGGGGACGACUACGGCCGGACGCGGGGCUCACCCUCCUCCUUCAACUCAUCUUCCUCGUCCCCACGGUUCGCCUCUGACCUGGAGCAAGCGCGUCCCCAGACGACGGGUGAGGAGGAGCUGCAGCUGCAGCUCGCCCUGGCAAUGAGUCGGGAGGAGGCCGAGAAGAAGCCACUUCCUCCAAUUUCCAGUACAGAUGAAGAAAGGCAAUUGCAGCUAGCGCUCGCGCUGAGCAAAGAGGAGCAUGAGAAGGAGGUGAGGGCAUGGCAAGGGGAGAACUCCCUGCUGCAGAGGGCCUUGGAGGAGACUGCCCAAGGCGGGGAGGAAGAGGAGGAAGAGGAUAAGAUGAAGAAAAGCCAGUCCUCUAUCUUGGAGCUGGCAGAUAUAUUCGGGCCGGCACCAGCUCCUUCCAGCCACACGUCUGCUGACCCAUGGGAUAUGCCAGAUAUGAAACCCAAAGCGGAGCCAGCAGCCUGGACUGGCACAGCAGACCCCUGGGUGCCAGUGCUAUCCAGCAGUGGGGAGCCCAUGCCCCAAGCAGGCACUACAUCCCAGCAAACUGCUGCUGGGCCCUGGGAUUUUCCCCCCGCCUCUGCUGAUCCAUGGGGGAAGGCAGCCGCCUCAUCUGGCUUCACUGCUGCAGACCCUUGGACAGCCACUUCCCCACCGGCCCAGGGCUCCGGCGCUAUGCCAACCACUGACCCUUGGGCUGCUGUGGCUGAGCCUAACCCUGCGUCAGGGGGGGAUGCUUUCGACCUGUUUGCAAAGCAACCCGAGGCAACUGAGCAGCCGGAGAUGGAGCAUUCGCAGCCGCCCUCCUCGGUGAAGUCCAGCAGCCCCGCCGAGCUGGACCCUUUUGGCGACCUGUUCCCCGGCACCAAGCAGGACCCGGCCAAGAGCUUUGACCUCGCUAACCUGGCCGACUCGCUUCCCGAAUCCUGCAAGGAGCGGAAGGACUGUAAAACCCCCGAGGCUUUCCUCGGCCCCGCCGCCUCCUCGCUGGUCAACCUGGACUCGCUGGUGGCACCGCCGCAGGCCGCCAAGACGCGCAACCCCUUCCUGUCGGGCCUCAGCACGCCGUCCCCCACCAACCCCUUCAGCCUGGCCGAGCAGCCCAAACCCACGCUCAACCAGAUGCGGACCGGCUCCCCGGUGCCCGGCCUGCCCGCCGCCCUGCCCGCCAACGCCAUGACCUACAGCGCAUCUCUGCCGCUGCCGCUCAGCAGCGUCCCCGCCGCCCUGCCCGCCUCCGCCAGUGCCUUCCCGCAGGCGGGGGCCGGGCCGUUCCCCGAGCUGCCCGGCGCUUUGCCGCAGCCCCUGCUGCCGCUGAGCGGCCCCCCGGCCCCCCAGGGAGGGCUCAACCCCUUCCUCUGAGGGCUGCGGGCCGGCACCGCGGGCGGGCUCUCGCCCCUUCCCGGCCGUUCCCCCGCCGCUCCCUCCCCGCGCGCUCCGCCGGGGACGGCAGGCAGCGCGAACCGCCCGCAGGAACCGCGCCCGGAGGGGUCCGCGGGCUCCGGCACCGUCCGCUCUGCGCGCAGCGCCUCGGUGCGCGGCCGGGAACGGCCCCGCGGGGCGGGGGGCGGCAGCCCUGGGGCGGACGGACGGACGGCUGCCUCCUCUUCGCUCCUCUGCCCUGGAAACGCCCCGUUCCCUUAACGUGCUGCCCUCUCCCCGCUCUGGAUGUUACUCCGCUUGGGCACCGUGUCCCCGCUCUCCAGCCCGGGUCAGCCCCAGCUGCGAGCCCUUCGCAGUCCCCCGCGCCCCCGGAUCCCGCGCAGAGCCCGGGCCGGGCGCUCCGCCCUACGGGGGGCACCGGGAGCAGCGCUCGGUGCCGCGGGCAGCGCCGCUCGGGGGGGCGGGCGUUGCGUUGUGCUUCAGCGCGUGCAGCCGGCAGCGCUGCUCCACGCGGGGUGACUCCGCGUCCGGAACCGCCGCGGCCGUCCCGGCAUUCGGGAACCGCGAACUGACCGCCACAAUAAAGUACUGGAACGGA